AUGCGCCUCACUGUUGACCGCAUCCGUGAGAUGGGCCCGAAUGAAUUGAGGGAUAUUCUACGCUACGAGGGUAAAAGUGGAGCGCAGACUGUUUUCGAAAUGGCACAGUCCAUGCCUAUCCUGCGAAUGUCCGUGGACACGCAACCAAUAACUCGCAACAUCAUUCGAUGCCACAUCAAACUGGAACCGGAUUUCACCUGGGUGCUUUCACAGCAUGGACAACAACUAAUUUAUUGGAUUUGGAUUGAAGAUCCGGAGGAGGCCACCAUUUAUCACUCAGAAGUCUUCACUCUGCAGAGAAAAGUGCCCGUUCCUCCGCAGUAUCUGGUUCGAUGUAUGCCCGAUCGAUGGCUAGGCGCCGAGUCAGUUGUUCCUGUCAUCCUCCGAAACAUCCUUCUCCCACAGACUGAUCCUCCACACACUGACUUGCUGAACCUGGAUCCCUUGCCUAUUACGGCUCUAAAGAACCCCCAAUACGAGGAAAUCUUCAAAUUCACACACUUCAACCCAAUCCAAACGCAGAUCUUUCAUUCGCUUUACCACCAGGACGUGAAUAUUCUGCUUGGAUCACCAACCGGAUCGGGCAAAACAGUUGCGGCGGAGUUGGCAAUCCUACGC